CUAGAAACAAGCUCUGGCCACCUACACAGCAAGGGAGUGACUACAGAGAAUUUCGGAAACACUAGGAUAGUGGCCCCCAGCUAAGCUUCCAAAACCAAAGCUCAGAACCAUGCUGAAAAACUGGCCUGGUGCAGAAACUAUUACAAUUGGAAUUGUUGCCACAGAACACCACCCUGCUGGCGGAUGCUGCCACCGCUGUCAGGAACCACUGAAGAAUGGCUGCCAUCAGAUGCCACAUGUUUUUGUAACAAAAAUUGGCAAAGUUCCAGAACAGCCUGUUGCCCCAUCUUGCCGACUUCCAAAUCAAAGUCUCCUAGGAGUGCAUCUGAGAGAGGGAAUCUAGGUCCACGCCUGAGUUUCAGUCCCAAAGAAACAAUGCACGCUACUGUGGUGAUACUCUUCGGAGACCAUUUUUGGAGCCCAUCUGUGACACACCACUCAAUACUACAUAAGCCUGUAAAAGACAUGAGAUGCUUCAUGAAAUCAGAACCCUGGCUAUCCAGAUGUGCAUCAAAAUAUGGAGUGUAAGACUGGGACAAGGCUUAGGCUCUAUAAAGAUAUCGAGUUAACACAGUAGUCGAUGAGCCCACCCACCAUACUUCACAGAAGUGCUAAAUGUAGAGACGCUGUCUGUGAUCCUGCCUUGAAGCAGCUGACUGAAGGCCCAAGGUAGAGAACACAUCAGCUUGGAGCGCAGAAGGAACCCAGGAGCUCCCCAGCUUGGACGCGUCCUCCACUUGAGAUGCAUGCAAAGACAGCUCCUGUCAUCUGGGGCUGUUUCCUCCUGUGGAAUUUCUGCAGCUCAUCCUCUCAGACCAUUUACCCUGGCAUCAAGGCAAGGGUUACUCAGCGGGCCCUGGACUAUGGUGUCCAAACAGGGGUGGAAGUACUAGGGCAAAUGUUAAUGGAAAGCAAUAUCCCAGACUUCCAUGGUUCUGAGUCUCUUCAAUUUCUGAAGGCUGAUUAUGUGGACUACAAUUUUUCAAACAUAAAAAUCAAUGCUUUUUCCUUCCCAAAUACUUCCUUAGCCUUUGUGCCUGGGGUGGGAAUCAAAGCACUGACAAACCAUGGCACGGCCAAUGUCAGCACCAACUGGGCAGUCAAGUCACCACUCUUCAAAGAUACAGGAGGAGCUGAUCUGUUCCUCUCCGGGGUCUACUUCACUGGCACCAUCAUCCUAACACAAAAUGACUCAAGUCACCCAAUCCUGCAACUUGAAGACUGCUAUGCCCAAGUGAGCCAUGCCCAUGUCUCAUUUUCUGGACAAUUAAGUGUCCUAUAUAACUCCUUUUCUGAGCCCAUGGAGAAACCCAUUUUGAAAAACUUAAAUGAAAUGCUCUGUCCCAUUAUCACAGAUGAAGUGGAAGCACUGAACGCCAAUCUCAGCAUGAUGGAGUUUUUAACCAAGAUCGACAACUACACUCUGCUGGAUUAUUCCAUGAUCGAUUCUCCAAAAAUUACCGAGAGCUCCCUUGACCUGGAUUUCAAGGGCACUUUCUACCCUCUGAAGAAUGCAGUUGAUCCCCCCUUCUCACCAGUUCCUUUUGUGCUGCCCGAAGGCAGUGACUCUAUGCUCUACAUUGGGGUCUCCGAGUACUUCUUCAAGUCUGCCUCUUUUGCUUAUUUCACAGCUGGAGCUUUUGAUGUCACUUUCUCGACCAAAGAGAUUUCCAACCAUUUAAUCCAAAACUCUCAAGGUAUUGGCAACAUACUCUCCCGGAUCGCAGACAUCUACAUCUUGUCCCAGCCCCUCAUGGUGCGCAUGAUGGCCACAGAACCUCCCGUGAUCAACUUAGAGCCGGGCAACUUCUCUCUGGACAUCCCUGCCUCCAUCAUGAUACUCACCCAGCCUGGGAACUCCACUGUGCAAACCAUCGUGUCCAUGGACUUUGUUGCUAGUACCAGUGUUGGCCUGGUUAUUUUGGGACAAAGAUUGAGCUGCUCCUUGUCUCUGAACAGAUUCCGCCUCUCUUUGCCAGAAACGAAUCGCAACAACCUUGAGGUCCUGAGGUUUGAGAAUAUUUUAUCCUCCAUCCUUCACUUUGGAGUCCUCCCACUGGCCAACGCAAAACUGCAGCAAGGAUUCCCUCUGCCCAACCCAUAUGAAAUCUCACUCAUCAAUUCCAAUAUUGAAGUUCUUGAGGGUUACCUUUUGAUCUCCACCGACCUGCAGCACGAAAGGUCCUUGAAGCAGCAGCCAAGCCUCCCCCGUUGGAAAGAGCUGAACCUGAUCCAUGGACAGUGGUGGGGCAAGCCAGCCCCUUGACUGCAACUUGGCAGGCCACCCCGGGAACCCCACAGCCGCUGUCUACCCAGAGGGCGACGACAGUGCCUGCUGGGAUCGUAAAGGCCCUGUGAAGUGUUCUGGCAGGAACUCUCUAGAAGGACACAGAAUGGGUUCAAGAAUGUGUGCUCCGAGCACGGAGGGGCGGGGUCUGGGCUCGCGCAUGCUCUGUGUGCCUGAAUUCUUAGGAUUCCGAAGCUGAGAGCGAGGC